UGCAGUUUGAAUAUCGAUCUCGAUGGAGUUUCAAAUGCCCGAGAGCCCAUCAUCAUUGGCCUUGUUGUUCUUCUUCUUCUUCAUGUUUCUAUUUGUAUAUGUAUUUGCUUACUUGGUUGUGCUCCAGAAUUGGGGGCCCAAGCACAGGCUAGAGGCCUCGAGCUGCUUCAUAUCACUCGCCCAUGGCUGUCCCGUCGUCAUCAUGGCCAUCAUUGCAAUUCUCCAAGCUCCAAACAUGGCUGAUUUCGCCGCUCUCAAUACCAAAUACCAGGGCCUUGUCCUCGAGUACAGCAUGGCUUAUUUCUUGAUGGAUCUUCUUCACUUCAUACUGUUUUAUCCACGAGAUUUCGUCUUUAUAUGUCAUCAUCUGGCAGUGCUUUACGUGUUCGCUACAUGCCAUUACUUGGUUAGUCGUGGUGCUCUGCCCAUUCUGGUGCUUUUGGUGCUUGCGGAGUUCAGCAGUGGGUGCCAGAAUGUUUGGACCCUAGCGGGUUACAGAAGGGCUGAUGUGCCGGCCGCCGCUAAGUUUCAGGACUUCGUGUCUCCAUAUUUCUUCACCUUUUACAGCAUUCUCAGAGGGGGCUUCGCGCCUGUCUUUCUGCAUAAGAUGGGAGAAUUUUAUGUCAGCAGUGCAGCAGAAAAUUUGAUUCCUAAGUGGGCUUGGAUUUCAUGGAUGGGUGUUAUUGGAACUGCCAUUUUUGUUAGCAUACUGUGGGUCGGAAAUCAUUGGGUUCUCUGGUUUCGACGUACAAAGCAUGGGAAAGCAGUGUGAACAUAUUUUAGACUAAUUCUUAUUUAGCUUAGGCUUAGGGAUAAGGAUGACAACAGGUGGUUGAAUUGUUUAUGCUAUUGUUUAAUUUUUAAAAUUUCUACUAAUAUGCA